AACACCAGCAGCACAUGCGUUAUCAUGGCGGCGCCCACUGAAAAUAUGGUUGGUGUUUCUGACGACUCCAGCAGCAGUGAUGAUGAAGUGUUGAAAAGAUGUAAGGAGGCAGUUUGGGAGACACCAACUGCCCAAAAGAAAGAUGGGGGCAUCAAUGUGCAACAGUCAAAGCGUGUUGUUGUCGCCGACCACGAACACGAUGGCAACGAGCUCCAGGUCACCCAAGGGUUUCGAACACACGUUGCUAAGAAGUUGGUACAUCUCCUUGACAGUUCUAUUACAGAAAUGCAUUCUGAAACUUUAUCCUGUGUGGAAUCAGCGAAAUGUGAUGAUGAUGACGAAGGAUUUCGUCUGUUUUCUACGUCAGUACCGGGACAGCCAGCUGAUGAUCCUCCAGCCCCAGUGAGGCGUCGGCCUGUUCCCAGCUCAAGUGACAGUGACAGUGAGAUGGAAACAAGGCUGAGGGAGGCAGCGGUGUCUGUCAAAGAUCUCUUAUCCGCAUCGUUGCUGCCCUCUACAUUCUCCAGUCCAUCAGCAGAGCUUCCUUGCUCAGAAAAAAUAAAGAAAAAGAGGGAAGUGGCAGAGGAAGAGGAGAGCCAUGUUGUUAAGAAGAAGAAGAAGAAGAAAAAGAGGAAACAGAAUCAAGAAGGGGGUGAGCAAGUGGACUCUGCAGGUUCUCCCCAUAAUGCUCAAAGAAAUGGUGAGCAUGGGACCUUAGACGAGGAACACACACAGGUCAAAGUAAAACGGAAAAAGAAAAAGAAGCAAAGAGAAUUACACACAGAGGAAGUAGCUGUGAACUGAACUAAUGACUAAUAUUUUGCUUUUUUGAUAUGUUUCUUUGUCAUCCAGUCUGUCAAGCUUGAAGUAUAUUUUCCCCCCAAAAUUGAGUAUAUUUUAGGAAGCUGUUUGUUCCAUGCUACCUAGUAAACACAUGACAGCAAACUUGUAUCUAAACAAAAACCUAUUUUGAUUCCAUCCUUCAUGAAAGAUACUAAUUUAAGAGCGGGAAAAGGCAUUUCAAGGCAGUGACAUAAAAAAAAAUGCAGGUAACAUGCAGUUUUACAAGUUUCAAGUUAAUGUACAGUUUCUGAAUGUUGCCAAACAUUUCAAUAAAAAUACAUUUUGGUUUUGAUUUUUCA